CAGCUAGAAACGGCGUUUGGAUUCCGCGCUCCGCCCACAGUAUUGCUAUUGGGCAACGUGUGCUGGGGGCGGGACUUAUAAAAAAAGGGUGUCUCGGUGGGUUGGUAGUGAUAGGAAGGAGAAAGGCGGUUGUGUUUGGAGGGUGUGUUACAAUUUGCUGUCUAGAGAGGCCAUGGAUGGGGACAAUGAUGUCUGUGUGCUCCAGCGUCGCUUGGCUGAAGCGGGGCAGAGCCAUCUGCUUCAGUUCUGGGAAGAGCUGAGUGUGGCAGAGCAACAAGAGCUGCUUAUGGACUUGAAGGACAUGGACCUAAAGGAGCUGAGCCAGGCCUUCCAGCGGGCUAUGAUGGGCAGUGGCCAUCUACCAGGGCAAGAGAAUGUGGAUGCCAGGAUGGAACCAGUGCCACGGGAGGCCCUGGGAAGUGCAACCCGAGAUGAAAGUCAGCUGCCAGCUUGGGAGGAGGAAGGUCUCCGCCAUAUUUCUCAGAGCAAAGUAGCUGUUCUUCUCUUAGCUGGUGGGCAGGGCACAAGAUUGGGAGUGUCAUACCCCAAGGGAAUGUAUGAUGUAGGCCUGCCAUCCCACAAAACCCUCUUCCAGAUCCAAGCGGAGCGCAUCUUGAAACUGCAACAAGUGGCUGAAAAACAAUAUGGUCUUGAAUGUGUUAUUCCAUGGUACAUCAUGACAAGUGGCAGGACGAUGGAAUCAACUAAGGAGUUCUUCCUGAAGCACAAAUACUUUGGCUUAAAGAAGGAGAAUGUGGUCUUUUUCCACCAGGGGAUGCUGCCUGCUAUGGACUUUGAUGGGAAAAUUCUCUUGGAAGAGAAAGGCAAAAUCUCUAUGGCACCAGAUGGCAACGGUGGUCUGUACCAAGCUUUGAGAGCUCAUCAUAUUGUGGAGGACAUGGAACAGCGGGGCAUUGGCAGCAUUCACGUCUACUGUGUUGACAAUAUUCUGGUGAAAGUGGCUGACCCUCGGUUCAUUGGGUUCUGCAUACACAAAGGAGCAGAUUGUGGAGCUAAGGUAGUAGAAAAGACAAACCCCACAGAGCCAGUUGGUGUGGUGUGUCAAGUGGGUGGAGUUUACCAGGUGGUGGAAUACAGCGAGAUCUCUCUGGCCACCGCACAGAAAAGGAGUCACGAUGGCCGGCUGCUGUUUAAUGCUGGGAACAUUGCCAACCAUUACUUCACAAUGGAGUUCCUGAAAGACAUUGUCAAUGUUUAUGAACCUCGGCUGCAACACCACGUAGCUCAAAAGAAGAUACCAUACAUAGAUGUGGCCACUGGGAAGUAUCUGAAACCAGACAAACCAAAUGGGAUUAAGAUGGAGAAGUUUGUAUUUGACAUCUUCCAGUUUGCCAAAAAGUUUGUGGUUUAUGAAGUACUGCGGGAAGAUGAGUUCUCCCCACUGAAGAAUGCAGACAGCCAAAAUGGCAAGGACAACCCCACCACUGCACGGCACGCCCUGAUGUCGCUGCAUCACUGCUGGGUUCUCAAUGCUGGUGGCCACUUUGUGGAUGAGAAUGGAACCCGUCUCCCUGCCAUUCCCCGCGGCACAAAUGGAAAGUCAGAUGCGGUCCAAGCUGAUGCCAGUCACAAUCUGAAAGAUGCCAAUGACUCGCCAAUCCAGUGUGAGAUUUCUCCUCUGAUCUCCUACGGGGGUGAAGGCCUGGAGAAGCUUGUGAAGGACAAAGAAUUCCAUGCCCCUUUGCUUAUCGACAGGAGUGGGGUGCAUGAGUUGGUGAAGAAUGGAACCACGGGCUCUCUUUGAGGAAUUGUCUACCUGGUCCCGAAUUGGUUGUGAUCCUUGCUUGUCAGACUGUGAAUACUCAAAGGUGUUGCGCUGUGAAAUUUUCACUCAAAUUCCUUCAAAGUCAACGACUUGAUUACAAUAAGAGGGAAAGCAAACCCUUUGCUCUUGUGGGUAUCUAUUUAUAUCAACUCUAAUUUAAAAAAUAAAACAGCAAAGAAAUUACCUUCCGUGCUGCAGUGCUUCAAGACAUUUAUAUUAAAACCUAUAUUGUUCCUGCAAAAGGUCUCUCUGGUACGAAAAUUGAGAGAUUAAUCUGAAACUUUAUUUUUCUCAAAUGUAUAUGACUUUAAAAAGGGGAAGAGUUGGUUUUUGUUUUGCUAUCCAUAUUACUAUUCUUCUGUUAACAGUUGUACCUUGCAAAAGAUUGCACAGUUGAAAUAAUGAAGAAGAAAUUAAACUGGAUUAAAUAGUUGUCUCCUAA